AUGGCGGAGUAUGAAGCCUUAGUCCUAGGAUUGCUAGCAGCCCGAGAAGCAAAGUUGGAUGGCUCGUACACUAUUAAGGAGCCGUCGUUGGCAGCUUACAAAACCAUCAUACAGAAACUUAGCGGCCACUUUGAUGAGCUGCGCGUGACUCACGUGCCCCGCACGGCCAACCGGCAUCCAAACGCCUUGGCCACCCUAGCUUCUAAAGUUGCAAUAGUAGUGGAAUCAGUAGACAUAAGAAUUCAAAAGAAAGAAGCAUCUUGUUUGCACAAUGACGAAUUCACCAGUGACAGGAAGGAAGAAGAUUGGAGAGAUUCUUUUGAAUCACACCUGAGGGACGGCAAAGGAAAAAUCCCGUUGUCCGAGUUAAAAGAUUAUACACUUUACUUGGGGAUAUUAUACUAUAGAGUGCCCGGGGGCAUUCUGACAAGGUGCGUUGGAACUGAAGAGGCUGCACGCGUCCUGCACACUAUUCACGCGCAAACUUGUGGCAACGAUUCGUUGAGUUUAUACAGGAGAAUACAGAGGCAGGGGUAUUUCUGGCCAUCCAUGGCAAAAGAGGCGAACACCAUCUAG